GUCUCCCAGGGGAGCAUUAUUCAGCCUGCUAUAUUCUCCAAAUAGUUUUCAUUGGCUUUGGUUUCACCUUAUCAAGAGGAGAUCAAUUCAACCUUUACUUUGCACCCAUUGAGUGCCUUUUGUCUGCUAGAAAUUUUUCAGGCUUUAUUUCAAUCAACCCCCACUGUGAUUCUGCAAGAACUACUAUAUUGUCAUGAUUGAAAUGACUGGAUGAGAAAUACUCAGAAAUUUCAAGUCCCUGCUCCCCUGGUGGCUACAGAAGAACAGUUGAGAGGCCUUUCAGUAUUUCUUAAUAGACAGCCACCUUCCCUCUCCCUGGAGUAGAUGAGAUCCCUGACUCCUGUCUUCUAAGACUCUGCCCAGGAUACCCUGGUUUUGCGGAACUGACACACCCAAACGUCCUGAAUGAGUCAUAAACUCUUCCCGAAGCUAACAUGUGAUGAGGGAAGGCUCCUUCUGCCACAGCCUGUGAAAUGGUUUCCAUUACAGUGUUUCUGCUGAGAGCAGCAAUUCUGUCUUUAUCCUCUUUCCCAUGACUACAGAGCCUCCAACAUCUGACCGACUUGACAGAAGAGUGAGGGGGACACUGGUGAAAGUCCCAGACUGGAGGCCAGGGGACCUGGAGGCCGAUAUUGUCAUUGCCUCUGACUAGUCCUUUGCUCCUGAGCAAGCUGCUCCAGUGUCUGAGUCUCUGGUCUCAUUUGGACUGAAAGUCUUGGGCCUUCUUUGUGCUUACAAUUUAAAGGAUCCCUGCAUAGCCAAACGGUACCAUUCUUAAUGGCAUGAACAAUAUCAGAAAGACUUUAGAUAACAUUCAUUUGGAGAUAACUUUGCCAUGUGCUUCACUCUCUCUCAACCGGCAAUGUGGCAGAGUGGUUAAGAGUGUAGAAUCUGCAUUAAAAUUCCAGUUCUGGCUCCUGCAUCCUUCUUUCUCGACAAGAUGGCCACACCGGCGGUACCAGCAAGUGCUCCUGCGGCCACGCCAGCCCCAGUCCCGGCGGCGGCCCCAGCCUUGGCCCCAGCCUCAGUUCCAGCGCCAACGCCAGCACCGGCUGCGGCUCCUAUUCCCGCUGCGGCUCCAGCCUCAUCCUCAAACCCUGCGGCAGCAGCGGCUACAACUGCAGCUCCUGGCCAGACCCCGGCCUCAGCGCAAGCUCCAGCGCAGACCCCAGCGCCUGCUCUGCCUGGUCCUGCUCUUCCAGGGCCCUUCGUCGGCGGCCGCGUGGUCAGGCUGCACCCAGUCAUUUUGGCCUCCAUUGUGGACAGCUACGAGAGACGCAAUGAGGGUGCUGCCCGAGUUAUCGGGACCCUGUUGGGAACUGUCGACAAACACUCAGUGGAGGUCACCAAUUGCUUUUCAGUGCCGCACAAUGAGUCAGAAGAUGAAGUGGCUGUUGACAUGGAAUUUGCUAAGAAUAUGUAUGAACUGCAUAAAAAAGUUUCUCCAAAUGAGCUCAUCCUGGGCUGGUACGCUACAGGCCAUGACAUCACAGAGCACUCUGUGCUGAUCCAUGAGUACUACAGCCGAGAGGCCCCCAACCCCAUCCACCUCACUGUGGACACAAGUCUCCAGAACGGCGGCAUGAGCAUCAAAGCCUAUGUCAGCACUUUAAUGGGUGUCCCUGGGAGGACCAUGGGAGUGAUGUUCACACCUCUGACAAUGAAAUACGCAUACUAUGACACUGAACGCAUCCGAGUUGACCUAAUCAUGAAGACCUGCUUUAGCCCCAACAGAGUGAUUGGACUCUCAAGUGACUUGCAGCAAGUAGGAGGGGCAUCAGCUCGCAUCCAGGAUGCCCUGAGCACAGUGUUGCAAUAUGCAGAGGAUGUACUGUCUGGAAAGGUGUCAGCUGACAAUACUGUGGGCCGCUUCCUGAUGAGCCUGGUUAACCAAGUACCGAAAAUAGUUCCCGAUGACUUCGAGACCAUGCUCAACAGCAACAUCAACAGGCUGGGACCUGUUGAUGGUGACCUACCUGGCCAACCUCACACAGUCACAGAUUGCCCUCAAUGAAAAACUUGUAAACCUGUGAAUGGACCCCAAGCAGUACACUUGCUGGUCUAGGUCUUAACCCCAGGACUCAGAAGUGAAGGAGAAAUGGGUUUUUUGUGGUCUUGAGUCACACUGAGAUAGUCAGUUGUGUAUGACUCUAAUAAACGGAGCCUACCUUGAAUAAAUU